AUGACCCGUCUGCUGCUCGGAGCUGUGCUGCUGGGGAACCUGCGUGCCUGUGUCACAUCUCAAGUUCCAGCGAUGCUUGCUCCUCCCACCCAGGUGAGGUUUGACUCUGUGGACUAUAAAAACACUCUGCGCUGGACUCCGCCCACCAACACCACCUCACUGCAGUACUAUGUCCAGUGGAAGAUUUACGGCGAGCCUCAGUGGCUGGACGUAGACGGCUGCCAGGGGAUCCACAAGCACCAGUGUGAUCUCAGCAGGGUGACCUCUGACCUCAGAGAGUGGUACUACGCCAGAGUGCACGCCUCCUCCCUGCCCUCCAGCAAAUCAGCCUGGGCCCUCUCGCCCAGAUUCAGCCCCCGCUGGGAGACCAAAAUCAGCCCGCCCAUGCUGAAGCUGAACGUCACACAGCAAGGCAUUGUGGUCCGUGUGAAGCCCCGGCCGCUCAUCCGGAAAAUGCACAGCAAUCUGCACUACAAGAUCUACCUCAAGCACACCGGUGGAGAGGAGGUGGUGUAUGACAUCGAGUCCAGCCCCAACAAGCUAAUUCUGAACAAGCUGAAGCACAAGGAGAAGUACUGCCUGCAAGCCCAAAUCGUGAUUCCACUGCAGGCCAAGAGCAGCGCUCGCAACUCUAAGAAAUGUGUCACCACACUCUGA